AUGUCUUGGUUUGAUGAUAUUAAGAGGCGGACUGGAAUGCCCGUGGUUGAGGCUUCCGUGUAUCUAUCUAUCUAUCUAUCUAUGUGUUCAUAUCUAUUUAUGUAUCUAUAUAUCUAUCUGUGUUUUCAAAUCUAUCUAUGUAUCUAUAUAUCUUUCUAUCUAUCUUUCUAUCAAUUACUGUCCGUGUAUCUAUCUAUCUAUCUAUCUAUCUAUCUAUCUAUCUAUGUGUUCAUAUCUAUCUAUAUAUCUUCCGCUAGUCUGCUCGUUUCUCUAUAUCUGUUCAUAUCUAUGUAUCUAUAUUGUCCUAUCUAUCUAUCUAUCUAUCUAUCUAUCUAUCUAUCUAUCUAUCGUGUAUGUUCGUUUCUGUCUGUCUAUCUAUCUAUCUAUCUAUCUAUCUAUCUAUCUAUCUAUUUGUUCAUAUCUAUCUACCUCGCAAUCUCUAUUAUUCCAUUCAUUCAACUCUCCCUCUAUCUCUCUGACUCUCGCGCCCCUUUCUCAUUGUCUCUCUGCCCUGCUCUCUCCCCCUCUCUCUCAAUCUCUUUCUCUCUAUAUCUAUCUCUCUAUCUCUCUCUCUCAAAUCUGCCUCGACCCAAAUCAAGCACAUGUACGCUCUUUCUGUCCGUUGGUUGCAAUCUAUCUUCUUCGUUUUGCCGAGCGUCUUCUUCUAACCUUUUUUUUUUCUUCCGCAGAGCGUUUUUAAGACAGUUUUUCUUUGUUUCCAUGGAUAUGAACGUUUUUAAGACUCUUUUUCUUGUUUGCCAUGGUUAUUCUCGUCACACUAACUCUCUCUCUCUCUCUCUCUCUCUCUCUCUCUCUCUCUCUCUCUCUCUCUCUCUCUCUCUCUCUCUCUAG